AUUACCUGGAUGACGUGUUAGGCGUAGGCGAUUUGUUUCAUUUACGCAGUGACGAAUGCAAUGUUGUGAGAAUUGGAAGCAUACAUCGAAGUAGUGGGCUAGGCAACUGUUAAUUUGUUGGAAAAGAUGUCAGGAUUUGAUGAUAACCCUUUUGUGGAUCCUGUGGACGUUAAUCCGUUUAAGGAUCCAUCUGUUGUUGAAGUAACCAGCACAACCAUGGAUGGAAUUCAGGAAUACAACCCUUUCUCAGCCAGUGGACAGGGGAACUAUAAUGAAACUACCAUCCCCAUCUCUGAGGGUUCUUCCCAGCCAGCAGUUCUGCAGCCUUCCCCGGAGCCCAGUCUGCAGGCCUCAGCAUCUGCUGGUCAGGCAAAGCUCCUCAAACAGCAAGAAGAGCUGGAGAAGAAGGCAGCUGAGUUAGAACGCAAGGAGCAGGAACUUCAGAACAGAGGAUCCUCCUUGGGUCCAGAGAAUAACUGGCCCCCACUGCCAAAGUUUUUCCCCAUAAAGCCUUGCUUUUAUCAGGAUUUCGAUGAAGAAAUUCCUGUAGAGUACCAUAGGGUUUCCAAGAUGAUGUACUACCUCUGGAUGUACCAUUGUGUCACCCUCUUCCUUAACAUCCUGGCCUGUUUGGCUCAUUUCACUGUGGAUGCUGCACACGGGGUGGACUUUGGCUUGGCAAUUCUGUGGUUCAUUUUGUUCAGCCCAGCCGCCUUCCUCUGCUGGUACAGACCUGUAUACAAAGCCUUCAAGUCAGACAGCUCCUUCAAUUUCUUCUUCUUCUUCUUCAUCUUCUCCUUCCAAGUGGUGGUGUACAUCAUCCAGAGUGUUGGCAUUCCAUACUGGGGAAAUAGUGGUUGGAUAUACUCAAUCUCUGUGAUCGGGACUAACCUGGCUGUGUCUGUGUUCAUGAUGGUAGUGGCUGGCUUCUUCACAGUGUCCGCUGUAAUGUCCGUCGUCUUGUUGAAAAUGGUGCAUGGCAUGUACAGGAGAACUGGGGCCAGCUUUCAAAAAGCCCAGCAGGAGCUCUCCACCGGUGUCGUCAGUAACAGAACCUUCCAGAGUGCUGCAUCUACAGCUGCUCAGACUGCUUUUCAGAGGAACUAGCAGUUGCAAAGUCCUCUCUAUCUAUCUAUCUCUCUCUCUCUCUCUCUCUAGCUGUUUUUCUCUCUGUUGGUCUGACUCCAAGAUAGUCUGUUGCCAUCACAUACUUACAGAAGGUGUUUGGGUUUGUACACAUGUGAACUGUUUUAAAACUAUCUUAUGAAAUUCAAAUAUAUAAGUUCCCAUGAUUUAGGGCAAUGCAGAGAAGGAUGUAGAAUUAUAAUGUUUCAGCCUUACUUUUACUGGUUUGAACAGAUAUCUGCCUUGUGCCUCUUUGUUUACUUUAGGUUUUCCUCCCAAUAAUGUAGACAGACUAGAAAUGGUAGCAUCUUAAUUACACGUAGAGUUGUGUUACAUUUGUACAUGUACAUUAUGUAGUAUUUGUUACAGAAAUUUGUUAGCUUUGUGCUGCAUCACACAUUUCAAAGUGCACUUGAAUGUACUUCCAAGUGACGCACAUUCCCAAAUGUGUCUGAAAGUUCCUUCUUCAAACACUGUACAUUCAUACUUGCAGACAAAAUACUAUGAAAUGAGUGAUAAGUCGUUACAUGUUAACAGGUUAUUCUGCCUCUUGCAAAUGGUUUAGUAAGAAAUUACAUUUUCCAGUUUCAUUUUCGACAUGAACAGCUGGCUUCUUGAAUUAAAUAGGAGCCUAGCUCUUUUAGUUAGUAACAUGUUCAAUCAGUUGAUACGUCUACUUUGCAUUAACUUCAGAUUACAUUAAUGAUAUUGUGCUUCACUGCCUGAAAAGCCAGUACUUCAUUCAAGCCACAAUUGGAGGUGGUCAGAAAUGGAUUUUAAUCACAUUCAACACAUUCAAGAUCUUAAACGCUCACUAUUUGCAUACAACAAUGAAAAUACUUCUUGUUCUCUAGAGCAAUUGUUUUAGACUAUGAGCCUCCAUCACCUAUUUAUCAACUAGAGACUAAUCUUCAUAUUG